AUGCUGGAUAGCGAUGAGGAGUCGCCAUUCACGGUCAUAUCAUUGCCAGUAUACACUCCAGACAGACCGGCUGCCAGCUACGGCAAAAAGAACGGGAUGUGGUACGGCGGCACGUCGACAGCGACGGGCGCGAGUGGAUGGUCCCGCGCGGGCACGAGGAAACAGUCCGUCGCGGAGUCCGACGCUCCCCCGCCCGGCGGCGGCAAGCCUACUAGCGGGAGAGUUAUCCGGAUAAUUAAUAAUAUGGACCACUCUAUACAGUGCCGCGUCUUAUUAAAUCUACGCACUACACAACCUUUUGAAGAAGUUUUAGAAGAUUUGGGUCAAGUUUUAAAAAUGAGUGGAGCUAAAAGGAUGUACACAAUUACUGGCCAGGAGGUAAGAAGCUUUUCUCAACUGAGGAAUGAGUUUGCUGACGUGGAGACAUUCUAUUUAGGUACAGCGAUGGUGCCACCUGCUGUCAGUCCAGGAAUAAGCGCUCCACUGCCUAUAGAAUCACCUAUUCGAAGAUCUCGAUCAAGAGGUACCGUAGCAGCAAUGCCAGUCUCAGAGGACACUCGAGGGCGACGGGCCAGAAGCAAAAGUCGUCCAAGGGUACUUUACGCUCCAGAAGGUGAAAUAAUUCGUAACUCAGAUUACACACUUUUAGAGGUACUGAAAGAAGAACCGAUAAGAGUGACAAUUCGAGGUCUACGACGUACUUUUUACCCUCCCAUACAUCAUGCACCUAUUGACAAUACUCCUCCAGACAAGAAAAUGCAAUUGGAAUGGGUUUACGGCUACCGCGGAGCCGACUCUCGCCGUAACUUAUGGGUGCUACCUACUGGAGAGCUACUCUACUAUGUUGCAGCCGUUGCUAUAAUGUAUGAUAGAGACGAAGAAUCACAAAGACACUAUACAGGCCAUACUGAGGAUAUUCAAUGUAUGGAACUACACCCGUCGCGUGAACUAGUGGCGAGUGGUCAGCGAGCUGGACGCGGUCGUCGCGCUCAAGCUCACGUACGCAUUUGGAGUACGGAUACUUUACAAACUCUACACGUUUUUGGAAUGGCAGAAUUUGAACUUGGUGUAUCUGCUGUUGCUUUUUCACAACUGAAUGGCGGCAGCUACGUGUUAGCUGUAGACGCUGGCCGUGAAAGUAUUUUAUCAGUUUGGCAGUGGCAAUGGGGACACCUACUUGGCAAAGUCGCAACGCUACAAGAAGAGUUAACUGGAGCCGCGUUUCACCCGCUCGACGACAAUUUACUGAUUACACACGGAAAAGGACACCUUGCUUUUUGGAACCGCAGGAAGGAUGGAUUCUUCGAACGAACUGAUAUUAUAAAGCCACCUGCACGUACACAAGUUACCGCCCUGCAGUUCGAGCAAGAUGGUGAUGUAGUGACCGCUGACAGUGAUGGAUUUAUCACUAUUUACAGUGUUGAUAGUGACGGGGCAUAUUUUGUUAGAAUGGAGUUCGAGGCGCACAUGAAAGGAAUUAGCUCUUUGGUAAUGCUAUCCGAAGGUACUUUAAUCUCAGGUGGAGAGAAAGAUAGAAAAAUUGCAGCGUGGGAUUCUUUACAAAAUUAUAAAAGGAUUACAGAAACAAAGUUACCCGAAUCUGCUGGUGGAGUUCGCAGCAUCUAUCCGCAAAGACCGGGAAGAAAUGACGGUAAUUUGUACAUUGGUACAACGAAAAAUAACAUAAUGGAAGGAUCUUUACAACGAAGAUUUAAUCAAGUAUUAUUUGGACAUCACAAACCCUUGAUGGGGUUGGCCGUGCACCCCGACGAUGAAAUGUUUGCCACAGCUGGCCAUGAUAAAAAUAUCGCUCUGUGGAAGGGGCAUAAACUUAUGUUUGCUACGCAGGUGGGAUAUGAAUGUGUAUCAUUAGCCUGGCAUCCUGGGGGCGGAGCUUUGGCUGCGGGAAGUACUGAAGGUCAUUUGGUCAUACUAAAUGCUGAUGCUGGAGCUCAUGUUGCUACUCUCAGAGUGUGUGGCUCACCUUUAAACUGUUUACAAUAUAACUCAGCCGGAGACAUUCUUGCCAUUGGAUCACAAAAUGGCAGCAUAUACUUAUUCCGUGUAUCACGAGAUGGUUUUUCAUACAAAAAAUCGAAUAAAAUACGAGGUGCUCAGCCACUGGUUCAAAUAGACUGGAGUCUUGAUGGAAACUAUUUACAAACUGUUACUGCGGACUACGAUUUAUCUUUUUGGGAUAUAAAAGCCUUGUCUCCAGAGAAAAGUCCAAUAGCUAUGAAAGAUGUGAAAUGGUCUACGUACAACUCAACCGUAGGAUUCCUUGUGUCAGGAAUGUGGAAUAAUCGGUUUUAUCCUAUGACUUCUUUAAUAACUGCUGCUAGCCGCUCAUCUGCCCAUGAUCUCCUUAUUAGUGGUGAUUCUGAUGGCUAUCUACGCUUAUUUAGAUAUCCAUGCUCAAGUCCUAAAGCUGAGUAUAAUGAGGUGAAAGUUUACACUGGAUCAGUUUAUUCAGCUCGAUUUCUUUUUAACGACCGCUGUAUGGUUACCACUGGUGGGUCUGAUGCUGCUCUUAUGCUGUGGGAAUUGGUUGACGAC